CGACGUGGCAAGCGCAAGCUAACGUACGCUCAGGUGCACUUUAGCAGUACCCGGGUUAUUCGAACGCACUCCAAAAGACAUGGAAAAUAGUUCAACGCUGCAAAUUCAAGUUCACGUCUCGAUUGGAUCACUCACAAUGUUCCUUCUCAAGACAUGGAGAUCAACGGCUUUUGGUAUAUAUGGAUACCUGAAUUUCACUAAAGCUGGUUUCAUUGAACAUUCAAAGAAGUUCAAAGCAGAGGAUAUGGAGACAAGAAUAGAUGGGAAGAAUUGCGUAGUUACAGGAGCGAAUUCCGGCAUUGGUUAUGCAACCGCUGAGGGUCUUGCUUCGCGAGGAGCAACUGUCUUUAUGGUAUGUCGUAAUAAGGAGAGAGGAGAAGCUGCACUUUCUGAAAUUCAGUCUACAACAGGCAACAAAAAUGUACAUUUGGAGGUCUGUGAUCUUUCAUCUGUCAGUGAUAUCAAGUCAUUUGCCUCUAGAUUUUCGUCGAAGGAUUUACCAAUUCAUGUACUGGUUAACAAUGCUGGCUUGCUUGAGAAUAAAAGAGUUACUACAUCAGAAGGGUUCGAGUUAAAUUUCGCUGUAAAUGUUUUAGGCACCUACGCCAUGACAGAGUUGAUGCUACCAUUACUGGAGAAAGCUGCACCUGAUGCCCGAGUUAUCACAGUGUCCUCUGGUGGAAUGUACACUGCACCUUUGACCAAGGAUCUACAGUUUAGUGAUAGCAACUUCAAUGGGGUGGAACAGUAUGCUCGAAACAAGCGAGUUCAGGUAGCAUUAACAGAAAAAUGGGCUGAAAUAUACAAGAACAAAGGGGUUGGAUUCUAUUCGAUGCACCCCGGUUGGGCUGAGACACCUGGAGUUGCUAAGAGUUUGCCUGAUUUCUCUAAAUCGUUUUCAGGAAAGCUUAGAACAAGUGAGGAAGGUGCAGACACAAUUGUUUGGUUGGCUACACAACCAAAAGAAAAAAUGGUAUCUGGGGCAUUUUAUUUUGAUAGAGCUGAAGCACCUAAACACCUUAUGUUAGCAGCGACUGGUGGCUCUCAUGGAGUAAUCGAUGCCAUUGUUGACAGUCUCCGUUCCUUGUCCUCUCUCUCUUCUUCAAGUUGAAGAUAGUUCCAUUUGUGUUUCGAGAUAUUCAAUGUUAAACUUUAGAUUCAAGCCAGUUUUAAGGUUGAAGGUAUUGAGACAAGAGUUACAAGAACUUAAAAGACAAGAGUUACAAGCAUUAAAGAGACAAUAGUUACAAAGCACUCAAAAGACAAUAGUUACAAGAGUUACAGAUGAUAAAUUAGAUUUAUUGUUAAUGUUGAAGUAAAAAAGACUUGUAACGUUUAAACUAUUUCUCUAUAAAUUGUGUCUUGUAUAGAAUCAAAUAAAUAAAAGAAAGAUGUAGCCAAAGAAAAGGCUUUGACAUGUGGAUAUAGGCCAUAGGCCGAACCACCUUAA